AGAGGACGGCGCUGAGAGAGUGAGAGAGAGAGAGAGAGAGAGAGCAUCCGCCUUCAUGAACAUACGCUCAGUGCGCAGAAACAGAGGCAGAGAGAAGUAGCGCGCGACAGCGCUCGUGCCCUCGUGCUGAAGGUGACAAGGAACGGAUUGCUCUAUUGGGAACAGAGAGAGAGAGAGAGAGAGAGAGAGAGAGAGAGUGUGUGUGUGUGUGUGAGAGAGAGAGAGAGAGAGAGCAGUAACGGCUCGGUGCGCGCAGCUUCACGCGACAGCUCUGAGUCCCUUUUCUGAAGGUGACGCGAUGCUCCGCGCCGUCAUGCUGCUCGUGUGCGUGUGCGCGGCGGUGAUCACCGGAGCGGCCGCCCGCCAAGACAACGGCAAUUUUCUAGACGACAAAUGGCUGACGGCUCGAUGGGACAAAUUCCGUGACGAGCCCGGAUCGUGGAACCCCGGGAAGCCGCUUGAUCAAGCUCUGGAUCCUGCCAAAGACCCCUGCUUAAAGAUCAAAUGUGGCCGACACAAGCAGUGCGUGGCCGACGACAACAAAACGCCGACCUGCGUUAGCCAGACGAGCUUAAAGAGCAUGACUUUCAAGCCUGUGAUGGGGAAGUGCAAGAGAUGUCCGCUGGCACGUCCUGCACCAGUCUGUGCGACAGACAGACACACUUAUCCUACCAAGUGUCAAAUGGAGUAUCAGGCAUGUAUCUCUGAAACACAGAUUGCAGUGAAGUGUUUGGGACAGUGUCCAUGUGCGUCAGAAAUAAACAAAUCUGUGGAGAAGAAAGAGUGCGGCGAUGCUGAACUGAACAAAGUGGCGAGCAGACUGAGAGACUGGAGCAGAGAUGUGCACGAAAUGAGCUCUCGCGCGUGCUCUCUGCACGGGUGUGCAGUAACGGACGUGACUAAGGCGCCCGUCUGUAAAGGCUCCCUGGGCUGGAUGUUCACCAGACUGGACAUGAACUUUGACCUUCACCUGGACCAGUCCGAACUGGUUGGCCUGGGUUCGGAGAAGGACGACGUAUGCACGAAGGCCUUCCUGAGGUCAUGUGACCUGGGCCGAGACCAGCUCAUCUCCAGCAAAGAGUGGUGCUCUUGCUUCCAGAGACACCAGGAGUCUCCCUGCCAGACAGAGAUCACUAACAUCCACAAACAGCAAGCUAGGAAGAAACUACUGGGUCAGCACGUCCCUUCCUGCGACGACAACGGCUUCUAUAAACCUCACCAGUGCCACGGCAGCAGCGGAGAGUGCUGGUGUGUGGAUCGCUAUGGAAACGAGGUCGCCGGGUCACGCAGGAUGGGCCCGGCCGAAUGUGCAUUGGAGGGUUCUGGAGACUUUGGAAGUGGGGACUCGUUGCUCUCAGACGACGAGGACGACGAUGUCCUGAACGAUCAGGAGGACAUGGGAGAUGACGAAGAAUACGAUGACGACGAUGACAGCUACUUGUCGUAAUCGGCGUUAUGGUUUUUUCUUGUUUUGUUUUUUUUCUUUUCUUUUUCUAAAAGAGGAAGGGGAAACCAAAAGCACGUUUUUAGGCGUCACUUGUAGAAAUGAAGUACUAAUAUUACUAAUGGCUUAGAUCAAGGUAUAUUUCCCUCUUGCUGUGUAACAUUUGUAUUAAAAAAAAUUAAUAGAACUGAUUAAUACGACGCAUUUUAUUUUUGUUAUUUUGAUGUCGUUGAGCGUUUUUGAGAGUGAAUUUGCUAUAUCCCUUUGGGCAGGAAGCAGGAAUGAUCACACACACACACACACACACACAUGCAGAGCUGAUGGCAUAUUUCUAAUAGAAUUUAUACUAGAUCCAUGUUUGUUGCUGUGUGUACUUGUUUUACCGUACCUUAUGAACAUCGUUGCACUCUUUCGGUUUUGAAUAACAAAUAGAGAAUAUGUAAGAUUAAUAAGGAGGAUACAGGAUUAGCGCAUUUCUACCUAAAAAGCAAAGCAGCUCUACUUUACCGAGUUAUCAUUAUCACACAUGUUUCUUGGACAGUGUUAGCUUAAUUGCUAUCCACUACAUCUAUAACACACACAGUGUAAUUACCACAGACAAAAAUAAAUUAACAAAAAGAAAAAAAAACUUGCUUAUUCAGAAUUGAGUGAAAUCUAUCUGUGAACUAAAACACCUCUGGACAUGCUGUUACGCGAAAAUAAUUAGUCUGGAAUAAGAGUUAACUUUGACAAGAAAUAAUUCCUUCUUCUAGAAAACAGCCUAAUCACUGGCGCAAUGCAGAAAUCAAGUCAACUAGUUGAGAGAACGAGCAAACUUAACUAAUUAUUUAGUAAUGAAUAUUGACAUUGACUACUAAAAAAUAUUGGUUACCAGUGGCAGAGAAACUAUGUUGUUUGCAAUAAACAAGCAUUUUAUUUUUGCGUAGCUGCAUAAUUAUAAUCGCAUAUUCUCAAGAGAAUUUGCAGUUUUGUUUUGGCAUAUAGGCAAAGCUUGUCUCGAGCUUGACUCAUUGGAACUCCAUCUUGACUCAUUGGAACUCGAUCUUGACUCAUUUGAACUCCAUCUUGACUCAUUGGAACUCCAUCUUGACUCAUUGGAACUCCAUCUUGACUCAUUGGAACUCGAUCUUGAGUCAUUUGAACUCAAUCUUGACUCAUUGGAACUUGGGAAUUUGAUCUUGACUCAUUGGAACUCCAUCUUGACUCAUUUGAACUUGGUCUUGACUCAUUGGAACUCCAUCAUGACUCAUUUGAACGCCAUCUUGAUUCACUUGAACUUCAUCUUGACUCAUUUGAACGCCAUCUUGACUCAUUGGAACUCGAUCUUGAGUCAUUUAAACUCAAUCUUGACUCAUUGGAACUUGGGAACUUGAUCUUGACUCAUUUGAAAGCCAUCUUGAUUCAUUUGAACUCCAUCUUGACUCAUUUGAACACCAUUUUGACUCAUUUGAACUCAAUCUUGAUUCAUUGGAACUUGAUCUUGACUCAUUUGAACUCCGUCUUGAUUCAUUUGAACUCUGUCUUGACUCUUUGAAAAUCCAUUUUGACUCAUUUGAACACCAUCUUGAUUCAUUUGAACUCCAUCUUGACUCAUUUGAACGCCUUCUUGACUCAUUUGAAAUCCAUCUUGAUUCAUUGGAACUUGAUCUUGACUCAUUUGAACUAAAUGUUGAUUCAUUGGAACUUGAUCUUGACUCAUCUGAACUCAAUCUUGACUCAUUGGAACUCUGUCUUGACUCAUUUGAACUCUGUCUUGGCUUGGUCUCGACCCCCUUUAGGACUCGGUCUUGACUCAAUCUCAGCUAGUCUUGGACUGGACAGUGGCGGCCGACAUUUCUUCUCAAGUAUACUGAAUCUCCAAAUAUUUAAUAAUAACCUUUUUUCUUUUCUUUUCUUUUUUUUACAUUUGUAUGCCAGAAGCAUUUACUUACUGACUCAAAACAACUGCCUCUAGACUUCUAUUAUAAACCAGUAAACAGGUUGUUUUGUUGUGUUCUUCAUCCAGUACAAGAAGAGUUAGAGAAAUCCGACACAUCUGUGCUACUAACGGAGAACGCUACAGAUGUGCUGAAUAAACAUCAGGUUUAAAAAAAAACCCCAUUGGAGUACCCCUUUAACACAGAACGUUAUAUUAGAGACACAUUGACUCAGUGGCUGAUGAGACAAUUAUAAUCUCUCUCUCACAAACACACACACACACACACACACACACACACACACACACACAGGCGUCUGUGUUUGUGCUCCGGCUUUUGGGGGCGACGCCAAACCUGAGAUGAGAUUCAUUGGAGCGUUUUGUGUCUCACACACACACACACACACACACAGUUUUUUUGGUUGUUAUGUGUCAUCUGUUAGCUGUCCUGAGAUGUACAGUGCCUUUGAGUAGAAGAGAAAGAGACUUCUAGGGAAUUUUAGCCUACGGUGUGUUUUUUCCCCCCACUUCUCUGUAUUUCUCUGUGUACAUUUCUGUGGAUAGUUUAUAUUUUGCGACUGACAAAACGUUCAAAAGUUCCAGAUGUUCAGUAUGGGUAUGUCCGUGGUGUCACUUCAUGAUCUUUUGAUUUGAUUCGGAGUUUCGUUUAAAAGCAUAACGUUUUUUCGUGUUCACACCCACGUCAGAGCAAAAUAGACAAACUAGAAGGAGAAAAAUCCCCCCUUUUAUUCCUUUAUGCACAUCUGUCCAGCUAUUGGUCUAGACGUUCCAAAUGCAUUUUUUACAGUGUAUGUAAUAUUUGCUGAAAUAAAGUUCUAUCAACCUGAA